AUAGGUUCGCUAAUUCGCGUUGACGGUGUUGCUGAUAUUUGUUUGGUUUUUGCAUGCAAAAAAGAAGCGAGGAAAUAGUUUUGCUUUUGUCAUCACGCACAUUUUGACAAUUGCAUAUGAGAUUUCACGUAGGCUGAUUGUUAUUAGACUGUGUAUUCACCAACACCCGUGUAGUCAAACGUCAAGAACGGAUGAAUCCGGUUGUCCUACGAAGGCUGCAAAGUGUUGUGAAAUUCGGUUAUUGCGGCUAUCAAUAUCGUUUCAAUAGACUAGAAGACUCCGCAGGGAUGGCAUCUGAAUCAACUACGGAUUACAAGAGCGCCAAAUCGGUGUACGAUUUCACCGUCAAAGAUGGUCAGGGCAACGAUAUCAGCCUGGAAAAAUAUCAAGGAAAAGUGUUAUUGAUUGUCAACAUCGCUUCGAAGUGCGGUCUCACCAAAGGAAAUUACGAAGAAUUGACCGAGUUGUCGAAAAAAUAUGCUGAGAAUGAUUUCAAAAUCCUUUCAUUUCCGUGCAACCAAUUUGGAUCACAAAUGCCGGAAAAGGACGGCGAGGAAAUGGUUUGCCAUUUGCGCAAUGCUAAUGCAGAUGUAGGAGACGUUUUCGCCAGAGUCAACGUGAACGGUGACGAUGCUGAUCCGUUAUUCAAGUACUUGAAGCACAAACAAGGCGGCAGUUUGGGUAGCUUCAUCAAGUGGAAUUUCACUAAAUUUCUUGUGAACAAAGAAGGACAGCCUGUGGCACGCUUCGCCCCUACCACGAAUCCGUUGGAUAUUGUCAAAGAUAUCGAUAAAUUACUUUAGGGUAAUUUCUGAAUCAGAUAACCAUUUAAAAAUCAAAUAUGCCCAAUGUAGAAUUUGUGUAACAUACUCACACCCAAACAUAAAGUUUGAAAAUUCUAAUAAAAUUCACGUUUCACCAAA